AUGGCCAUAGAGAGUGAACUAAGCCCACUUGAUACUGAUGGAUUGUGCCUCCUAUCCCUGGAUGGUGGAGGCGUGAGAGGACUGUCAAGCCUUCUGAUAUUGAAGGAUGUGAUGGCACAGCUUAAUUCGGAGCGUGAGGACAGCGAAGUCCUCAAGCCUUGUGAUGUCUUCGAUCUGAUCGCAGGUACCAGCACAGGAGGACUGAUUGCUAUAAUGCUAGGGCGGCUGGAAAUGGGUGUUGACGAGUGCAUCCUUGCAUAUACCGAAUUGAUGCAGUCGAUCUUCAGUGAGAAAAUCAACAUUGUUCCAGUUGAUUGGUCUGGAAAGAUCGUAUCACAAUACGACAGCAAUAAGCUCAAAGAGGCCAUUGAAAAAGUCAUCACUCGUGCUGGAUCGUCGCCAACCGAUCUAAUGAACGAUGGGAAACCCCGUCGUUCUAAAACGUUUGUCUGUACUACCUCCAAAGAUACAUUUCAAGUCACACGCCUUCGAAGCUAUCCUGUGCCAAAUGAGGUUGGCUUAUCGGCGACGAUUUGUGAAGCAGCAUUGGCAACGUCGGCUGCGACUAGAUUUUUUGAUUCGGUCACGAUCGGCAAUCACAAAUUUGUGGACGGUGCAUUUGGUGCCAACAAUCCGAUUGAGGAGGUAGAAGAGGAAGCGGCCGAUAUCUGGUGCACCGCAAGCCGGGCCCUGAAACCAUUAGUGAAAUGUUUGAUCUCCGUUGGAACUGGCAAUCCAGCACAACUCCCCAUGAAUGACAAUGUGCUCAAGUUUCUUUCCAAGACAUUGGUCAGAAUGGCGACUAAACCGGAGAGUACUGAGCGUCGCUUCAUGGCCCGAUGGAGCAAUGAGGUCAAGGGAAAGCGCUACUUUCGUUUUAGCGUCGAGCAAGGACUACAGCAAGUUCACAUGACCGAUUUUGAGAAGCAAAGUGUGAUUGAGUCUGCGACAUACGCCUAUCUGCAUCAUUCCUCUCAAAAGGUUCAAGUCCGUGAUUGUAUUUUGAAUCUUUCAGCAAAAUCAGAAAAGACUAGCAUUGACUUCGAAACAACCAUACGUGAACAUGGAGCACGACUUUCCCGCCAUCGAAUCCUACAAACCCUGCGUUCGUCGGACACCCAGACUUACCACAGAAAGGCCGCUGGCUGGCUUAUUCCUUUUGAGAGGAAUUCCCGCUAUGUCGACCGUAAGUUUGUGGGUAAGAUCAAACAGAAAUUGUUUAUCAACAACAGAGCCGAGAGGAUCGCAAUUUUUGGACUUGGGGGAAUAGGCAAGACACAAAUUGCCCUGGAGCUUGCCUAUCAAACAAAAGAGCUCUAUCCAGAUUGUGCCAUCUUCUGGCUCCCAGCUGUUGAUAUGGAAAGUCUUCAACAUGCGUACCAGAUGGUGGCUGACCAGCUUGGAAUCGACUUCGAUAACACGAGAUCGUCGAAGGAGGAUGUGAAGAGCCUUGUCAAGGCCCACCUGAGCAAGCCCAGUAUUGGGCGAUGGCUGUUAAUUUUUGACAACGCCGAUGAGAUUGAUAUGUGGAUUGAAGGCAGUAAUUCACCGAACGGAGGGCUGAGAGAUUACCUUCCCACAAGUGACCAAGGCGCCAUUGUCUUUACCACUCGAAGCAACAAAGUGGCCCAGUACCUUGCCGCAACAGACGUUGUCCAAAUUCCGGAAAUGGACGAGCAGAAAGCUACCCGUGUCUUGCGAAACUCUUUGAUUGACAAAGAGCUUCUUCGCGAUGGCGAGACUACACGAAAGCUCCUCAGUCGAUUGACCUUUCUUCCUUUGGCUAUUGUGCAAGCUGCUUCCUUUAUCAACCAAAACGGAAUAACAUUCAACGGUUAUGUUGAGCUUUUGGACGGACAGGAGCAGAACGCCAUUGAUCUACUUAGCGAGGACUUUGAGGAUAAAGGUCGAUACAAAAGCAUUCGCAACCCUGUCGUCACUACAUGGCUUACAUCCUUUGAGCAAAUUCAGCGGCAGAAUUCCCUUGCAACCGAUUAUCUCUGCUUCAUGGCUUGCAUUCAAGAGAGGGAUAUACUGAUUUCGCUGCUCCCUCCGGCGCCAAAUGUCAAACAGCAAAAAGCGAUCGGCUUGCUUAGCUCUUACUCAUUCGUACGCGUAACACACGAAGGAUCACGUCUCGAUAUGCAUCGUUUAGUUCAUCUCGCCACAAGAAAUUGGCUCCAGUCCAAUAAUUCCCUGCGAAAAUGGCAAUUAGAUGUGGUGCAUGCGUUGGAUACUUGCUUUCCUAAUACCCAAAUGACAAAUCGGACUCAAUGGCGAGCAGCGGUGCCUCAUGCCCUCCAGGUCCUUGCCCUCACCGCAAGAGAAGAUCCAGUUUUCUAUAGGGUCGGUCUCUUAUGCAAGGUCGCCACAUGUCAAAUGAGUGACGGAAGACGCAAACAAGCCGAAGAGCAUUUCAGUGAAAUGGUUAAAAUCUCGGAGACAUUGUUUGGCCCUGAACAUGCAUGGACUAUUGUGGGUCUUUCUGGACUAGCAAAUAGCUACUCAGGCCAAGGAAAGUCAGAGAAAGCGAUAAAACUCUGCGAGCGGAUACUGGAGAUGCAGGAAAGACUUCAAGGUCCAGAAAGCAUUGAAGCCACCAGAGCUCUUUUCCAGUUAACGGCUGCGUACCGCGAGGCUCGCGACUACAAGAAGGCUCAAGAGCUUUGCAGGAAAGUCAUCCCACGUUACAUGAAAUCAGUUGGCCCGAACUCUUGGGAGACACUGGAUGCUAUCUACGUUUUGAUGUUGGACUAUUUCAUGCAUGGACGGCUCUCCGAUGCGUUAGAGCUAUCUAUUCAAUCGUUGCAUCUCCACAAAAAGAGCCUAGGGUUGGAAGAUCCCCGAACAGUUGGGGUCAUGUCUACGAUGGCCAUCAUAUACAUACAUCUAUGGCGGCUAACAGAGGCCGAAUCAUUGUUGACAGAAGCAGUCGAGAUCCACAAACGCAUAUUUGGAAGCGAGCAUCCUGAAACUAUCCAACUUAUGUCAUGGCUAGCUGUCACAUGGAAUUCCCAAGGUCGAUACAAAGAAGCCGUUGCUUUGAGAACGGAGUGUCUCCGUUUCAGUGUGCAGUACUUUGGCUUAGAUCAUGAAUAUACCCAAGCUCACUACUCAGCCUUGGAUGCAUGGACUAGUUCCAAACAUGUCCCUCAUUUUCGGCGUUCUUAUAUGAUUCUCCAACGAAGGACAAAAUUCCCCAGGGCUCCAAAAGGUGACCCUUUGCUUCGUGAAAUCCAAGAAGCCAUGGAGUUCACGUCCAUAAGCAGACAGGUCUCCAGUAAUGAAGUCACUCUAGUCGGCGGCCAGAUGCUGGGACAAACUGUUGUUACAUCUGAUUCCUAUGUAGGAGCUGAAGAGAAAAUUGCAGAUAGAAAAUUCACCUGA